CAUCUGUCUCUCAGCUUCCGUUUCAAUAUGGACAGGCACGGUUUGUUUUUACCGUUUGGGAAAUCUUCCACUUUAUCAUGAAUAUCAAUACAGUAGCUGUAAACUGUUUGUCACGACCAUGUGUUUUAACACAUUGUGUUUAUAAUUAAGAUGAUAUAUCGUGUCUGAGGAACAGAUAAUUUGACAGUGCGUAAAGAACAGAGUGAAUGACUCAUCGUUGACAAGGGGACUAUCUCUUUCCCCUGAUUAUAAUACAAUGUAGUUACAUUUACAUAGCUUUACCACGCGUUAGGACUAAUUUCACUCGUACAUCAUGUGUUUGCUGUUUCCUUCGUUUUGACAUAUUAUUUAUAUGUUGGAACUAGCUACAUAAUACAAAAACAUACCAACGGCAAAGUAGCUCAAAUUAUUGUUAAUAUUAAUCUCAGGAGAUUCCAAAACGGCAGAUAUGGCAAGAGAACCAAUUGUUGUGAAUGUCUAUGACAUGUUCUGGAUCAAUGAGUACACGACCAACCUGGGAAUUGGAGUUUUCCAUGCUGGAGUGGAAGUAUUUGGAGUCGAGUACGGCUACGGAGGUCACCCUCUACCUAUGUCGGGUAUCUUUGAGAUUACUCCCCGGGAUGCUGAGGACCUGGGAGAACAGUUCAAGUUUAAGGAAUCGAUUCACAUCGGAACAACAGAUUUUAUGCCAGAAGAUGUGAAAAGAAUUGUUGAGCAGCUUGGCAAGGGUUUCCGCGGCGACCGCUACCACCUCCUAAAUAAUAAUUGCAAUCAUUUUUCAUCAUCACUGACACAGAUUCUGUGUGGAAAAGAGUUGCCCAGUUGGGUGAACAGACUUGCCUACAUCAGUACCUGUAUUCCGUUCUUGGAGCGGGCCUUACCAAAGGAGUGGCUUACCCCUGUGGCCUUGCAGGCAGUUAUUCAGGAACCCAUGUCCCCACCCCCACAAGGCAGACGAUCGCAAGAGGAAUUCCCCGACUCCUCUGAACAUUUACAUAAUCCUCGCCUAUAGAACAUCAUCAAGUCUACAAUGGCAAUGCAAAUAUAUUUUGUUUACACAGAAAAGAAAUAUUCAUUAUUCAAACUACGCAAAGAAGAACAUGGGUCACUAUUUUGUUACGUUAAUUUUUACAAAUAUUUGAUGAAUAUUAAAAAACAAAAUUCUCAAAAUUGGGAAAGCUUUAAAUCUGUAUUAUUUGUUGAGAUAAUUUCGUGUAUUAUUGAUGAAUAAUCAUCGCCGUGUUAGUUUAUUAUACAAUGUACAUCAGGAUGAACUAGACACUGCUUGGACUUGAAUUGUCAAAAUAACUACAAAUUAAAUUUGUGUGAUCCUAUUGUUCGAAGCUUACAUCUCCAUGCAUAAAAUUCAAACUAAAUAUUUUGUUACUGUUUAUCAAAAAAGGUGUCGGGUUUCUCAAGUAUCUGCCCAAUUUUUUUUAUUUGAAAAUACUAUACAAUGAGUGUAUGUGGUAAAUUUGGUAGUACAUUUACCUUUAUAUGUAGAAUGUAAAAAUGAUUUUGUCUCAAGCAGUGCAUUUGUAUUAGUAGUAUAGUUUAGCAACAUUUCAAUACCAACAAGUGACUUCUCAAGCAUAAAUGUUGUGACAAUUGGUUCAAGAGUGUUGCCUGUUGGCAAUGAAAUAUUGCUAGACUACAUUAUUAUUUGUGUGUCAAGAGUAAUUUUACAAUGUUUUUAGGUCACUAUUCCAAUCACUCUUCGUCUGCCGUCCGUCUGCCGUCAUGCGUAAACUUUUUACAUUAUCAACUUUUUCUCAAGAACUGGUGGAUGGAAAUUUUUCAAACUUGGUCAGAAUCAUCCUUGGUAGAUGAGGCUACCAAAUUGUAAAAUUGGGAUUCCUA